UUAGGUCGUGUCAUAAAUGUUUAUCCCGGUGUAGACGGACAUGUUCGUGUCGUGGACGUUCGUACGACAAAUGGCGUUGUAAAGCGGCCGAUAGCUAAGUUGGUCAUUCUGACCGACCAAUCGGCGAAUGAAGAAAACUAAAUCAUUUUUUCUUCUUAGUAUAAUGGAUGCCACCAAUAUGUUUGAAAUCGAACUCCUCUCGAAGAUCGACACCGUAUUAGAGAGAGCGGACGAGAUAUCUGGUACCAAAAGGCGUACUACAUCCGAAGCUGUUGAGGAACUGGUUAAACCUAUUGCGGCCGUAAAAUUGUCGGAGUCGGUAACAGAAUCCGUAACUGCGGAUUCAGCGCCGUUGCCUACCUCCCAAUUAUUGGAAUCCGUAACUGCGGAUCCAGCCCGCGGAAAACCAUCAGAAUCCGUAACUGCGGGUUCAUACGUAUUGCCGUAUAUCGCGGAAUUUGCAUCUGGGGGGCCAGACCCCAUAACUGUGGGAUCUGUAGUCGUAUCGUCAGCUCGGGCAAAUCCAUCAGAGUCCGUAACUGCGGGCUCCCCGGGCACAUCAAUCGUGAAUCGUAACGGGUGUCGGGUUUGCACUCGCCGGCAUGCUCUUGGUACAUGCAAAGAAUUUGUUGCUAUGUCUGUAGAAGCCCGUAUACAGGUUGUCAUAACACAUCGGGACUGCACACGAUGUCUCACAAAAGGACACCAACGGAGGGAGUGCCAUAGUAAGAAGGUCUGCUAUAGAUGUGGAGGUGAUCAUCACUACCUGUUGCACGAUGAUCCUAAGGAUCACCAUUAUUCGUCCCGGAGUCGAAAAACUACAAGACCCCGUCCGUACCCAAGUUCCGAGUCUCGUCCGAACGUCAGGUCUGGUUCACAUCCGUCCGUACAUACCACACCGGCUGGUUAUCACACUGCUUCUCCCCUUAACCUAUUAUCUCUACAAUCGGUGGCGACACUAUCACCAAGUUUAGUGGUGAGAAUUCAUUGUGUCGGACCAUCAUACCCAGUUCGGUCAGUGUUAGACCCAUGCGCUAUCCAAAGUCAAAUAUGUGCCUCAAUGGACGACGUCCCCAUGUCCGAUGAGGAACGGGAGCUCGACCUCACUGCUGUCCCCAUCUCCGAAGAGCCAACUGCAACAGUGCCUCCGGAAGCUGCACCUCCCUCGGAGGGAACAAAAAAUCCACUUACGGCGGUCCCUGAAGAUCCUUCAGGAGAAACACUGGUCUCGCCACACCCUUUAGCAUCCUGUCGAAAUAACCGGGACUCGAACAAGGCAUGUGUUUACUGUGGCGGCAAGCAUCAGCUAGGGGACUGCAAGGAGUUCAAUGUGAUGCGCAUUGAAAGAAGGUUGCGAACAGUCGAUCUGCAAAAUGCUGCGGAAACUGUCUAUCGCCAACGCAUUCUCUUCGAGAUUGCCACAGUCGGCUUUGUUGCAAAAUCUGCAACCAGCAACCACACGUUGCUCCUCCAACCUUCUUCCAACAAUCGGACUCCGUCCAGCGCUCCCCAGCCAAGUACUUCCAAGCAUCCUAGGCCGCUCAAGAAGCUCCGAAAGCGUAAACCUUCAAAACGUCCGUCCUUUACUUCACAUUCCACACGCCCAGGUACAUCGGUCACUCCCCAACAGGCCAAAAUCAGUGGGGCUUCGACCUGCGAUGCAAAUCGGCCAAUAACCGCCAUUCAGCACAUAGCCGCCAUUCAGUACAUGACUACCGCUGGUGCUGAUGUUGAAGAUAUAACUUCGUCAGAGAGCAAAUAUCAAGCCGCUUCCCAGGCAUAUAUUAAUAGUUUGGCUUUAAUAAAUAGGAAACUUGAUGACCUACGAACGGUUUCAAAUUGCCCCACUGGGAUCCCAUAUUAG